AUGCUGAUAGGGGGAGGCUUGUUGCUGAAAGGGUACCAUUCGGAGGUUGUGUUGCUGGGAAGUUCCUCAUUUGUGACAAAAAGUUUCAAGGUUGAACUUCGACCUUCAGUUUUGAAAAUCAACACGCCCCCGAUGGUCAACCACACCUCCACUCUCACCCUCCCCACCUCCUAUCCCCAUGUUCCCCCAUUUCCCACCUUCACUCUCACCCCCUCCCCACCUCUAUCCCUCCAUCCCUGUUCUCAUUUCCACCUCCAAUCUCUCACCCUCCCCACCUCUAUCCCCAUCCCGUCCCCCAUUUCCACCUCUCCACUUCAUCCUCCCCACCUCGAUCCCCAUCCCCCCUCCCCCAUUUCCACCUCCCUCUCACACCCUCCCCCACCUCUAUCCCCCAUCCCACUCCCCCAUUUCCACCACCUCCCCUCUCAUCCCUCCCACCGCUAUCCCCAUCCCGGGCCCCCAUUUCCACCUCCCCUCACCCCUCCCCACCCUCUAUCCCCAUCCCGGUUCCCCAUUUCCACCUUCACUCUCACUCCCCCACCUCUAUCCCCUUACUUCCACCUCCUCAUUUCCAGUCUCCACCUAACCCCUCCCCCCCACCUCUAUCUCCAUCCCCUGCCUCCACUCCACCUCCACUCUCACCCCUCCCCCACCUCUAUCCCAUCCCGGCCCCCCAUUUCACUUCCACUCUCACUCCCUCCCCACCUCUAUCCCAUCCUGCCUCCCCAUUUCCACCUCCACUCUCAACCCUCCCACCUCUAUCCCCAUCCUGCUCCCCCAUUUCCACCUCCACUCUCACCCUCCCCAACUUUAUCCCCAUCCCACAUUUCCACCUCCACUCUCACUCUCCUCCCCAUCCCUGGUUCCCCUACUUCUAUCCUCCCAUCUCCCACCUCCACUCUCCCCACCUCUAUCCCCCCUCCAUUUCCACCCUAUCCCUCAUCCCCGUUCCCCUAUUUCCACCUCACCCCACUCUCACAUUUCCCCUCCCCCUCACCUCUAUCCCCAUCCCACUCCCUCAUUUCCACCUUUCUCUCUCACCCCUCCCCACCUCUAUCCCCAUCCCGGUUCCCCAUUUCCCACCUCCACUCUCAACCCUCCCCACCUCUAUCCCCAUCCCGGUUCCCCCAUUUCCACACCUUCACUCUCACCCCUCCCCCACCUCUAUCCCCAUCCCUGCCUCCCCAUUUCCACCUUCACUCUCACCCCUCCCCACCUCUAUCCCCAUCCUGCUCCCCCAUUUCCACCUCCACUCUCACCCCUCCCCACCUCUAUCCCCAUCCCUGCUCCCUCAUUUCCACCUCCACUCUCACCCCUCCCCACCUCUAUCCCCAUCACGCUCCCCCCCCAUUUCCCACUUCCACUCUCACCCCCUCCCCACCUCUAUCCCCAUCUCGCUCCCCCAUUUCCACCUUCACUCUCACCCCUCCCCACCUCUAUCCCCAUCACGCCUCCCCAUUUCCACUUCCACUCUCACCCCUCCCCACCUCUAUCCCCAUCCCCCUCCCUCAUUUCCACCUCCACUCCUCACCCCUCCCCACCUCUAUCCCCAUCCCGCUCCCUCAUUUCCACCUUCACUCUCACCCCCUCCCCACCUCUAUCCCCAUCCCGCUGCCCCCUCAUUUCCACCUUCACUCUCACCCCUCCCAUCUCUAUCCCCCAUCUCCUGCCUCCCCCAUUUCCACUUCCACUCUCACCCCUCCCUACCUCUAUCCCCAUCCCGCUCCCCCCAUUUCCACCUCCACUCUCACCCCUCCCCACCUCUAUCCCCACCAUGGAGACAAAGAAGAAUCGGUGCCAUGA